AAUGGUCAACCCGUUUCCUUCGCAAUUCCAUUCCUCUCACCUCCAUCCUCCUCCGUCCUUCUAUCUUUGUUCCAAUCAUACAAAAUUACUGUCUGUCGCCACGUGGACAACAGAGAUCUGAAACGUUGCACGGUAACUCAAUAAAUCCAUAUAAACAUCAAUACCAUGAUACCGUGCCACCUCGCGCCCAACUUUCCAUCGAUCGGCGUAAAUUCGAUCCUGUUUACGGCGGUCACGUUAUCCCAUCGGAUUAUCCGCGGGAGACAUUCAAUCUCGUACGAUUGAUUCCCGAUUUCUCGUGUUUCACCUUCGCCUCCGUGUCGCCGUGGAGGCCCUCGGUCGUGGGAUAUAUUCGUGAGGCGAGGCUUCGCGCGUGCACGCCACGAAAACCACUGUUGUUAUCCAGCUGGAAGAAAUAAAAACAGGGCCGCCAUCCGUUUCCUUUUUCUGCGAUCGAUCAUGAGCAUCGAGGGUAAGAUCGCGAUCGUAACCGGUGGUGCGAACGGAAUUGGCUUCUGCACCGCUCGUAAGCUACUUCGAAAUGGGGCGAAGGCGGUGGCUCUGUUGGAUUUAAGCGAUUCUGGUGGUGAGAGCGCAGCUGCAGAUUUGAACAACGAGUUUGGAAAGGACAGAGCCAUUUUUAUUGUCUGUGAUGUAUCAAAGAACGAGCAAUUUCAAGAAUCGUUCAAGAAGGUUAUUGACACGUAUGAAACUUUAAACAUUCUUGUAAAUAUCGCGGGUAUUAUGGAUGAUGCUGAUUGGGAAAUUAUGGUCGAUAUUAAUUAUAAAGGUAUCGUUUAUGGAACUAUCUUAGGCUUGCACACAAUGGGAAAAUAUAAGGGUGGCAAUGGUGGUAUUAUCGUGAACAUGUCCUCUGUAGCUGGUCUCGAAGGUAUCCCUAUAGCGCCUAUUUAUGGCGGAACACAGUACGCCAUUGUUGGAUUCACUCAAUCAUUGAAGCAUUAUUAUGAAAAAACUGGCAUCCGCAUGUUGACGAUAUGUCCUGGAUUGACAACCACAGCUAUGGCUGCCAGAUUCAUGUCCACCAAAGAACAUGCUAUGGAUCUUCUCGACGAAGAAACAGCGGCUAUGGCGAUGGUCAAUAUGCAAAAACAACCGCCAGAACACGUAGCAAGUGCCAUUAUCCAAUUAAUCGAGCAGGGAGCGAAUGGCGCAAUAUUCGUUAUCGAAAAUAAUCAACCUCCUUAUGCAAUUGAAUUCCCUAAUUAUACUACUUUAAAAGUCUCUAUCAUGACAGACAAUAUCAAGAACAAAACAGCUUUGAUCACCGGUGGAACGGUUGGACUUGGUUUAAUCUAUGCUAAAAGAUUGUUAGAAAAUGGAGCAAAGUGCGUUGCUCUUCUCGAUUUGAGCUCUUCCCCUGGUCAACAAUCGGUAAAUAAUUUGGAAAAAGAAUUUGGAAAGGGCAAAGCGAUAUUCUAUGUUUGUGACGUGAGCAAAAUUAAUGAAUUCGAAGCGGUGUUUAAAAAAGUUGUGAGCGAUUUGAAAGGCUUAGAUAUUGUCAUUAACAAUGCUGGUAUAUACAACGACAAAAAAUGGGACCAAACUGUAUCUAUAAAUGUCAAUGGUGUAAUCCAAGGAUCAUUGCUCGCUUUUGAUCAUAUGAGCAAGCUCAAAGGUGGUAAAGGUGGCACUAUAGUAAAUAUUGCAUCGAUCGUGGCUCUAGAUAUUAUAUACUGUAAUCCUGUUUACUGUGCUAGUAAACACUAUGUAUUGGCAUUCAGUCGUUGCUUAGCGAGAUACUACAAUAAUACUGGAAUUCGCGUUCUUAUAAUGUGCCCUGGUGUUACAACUACGACUUUACUUGAGGAUCCUCUUUCUAAAUCUUUUGAUUUUGUCACGCAAAAUGAUUUUUAUAACUGCUUAGGAAAAGACAUCCCGCAAACGCCAGAACAUGUUGGAGAUGCUAUGGUAAAACUUAUUGAGAAAGGCAAAAAUGAAGCUGUAUGGGUUUCUAAAGAAGAAAUGCAGAUCAAAGAUAAAAGAGUUAUCAUGACAGGAGUGGCAAGUGGAUUAGGUUUAACUAUUAGCAGAGAAUUGCUGAGAAAUGGAGCAUCUAUAAUAGCGAUGAUAGAUACCGAAGAAUCAGGCAAGGAAACAGUGGAUAUAUUAAAUAAAGAAUUCGGACGCAACCGUACUAUAUUCUACCAUUGUAACAUUGCAAACAAUUCUGAAUUCGAUGAUACGUUUAAAAAAGCUGUGAAGGCACUUGGUGGAUUAGAAAUUUUAGUAAAUAAUGCUGAUGUAAUGAACGAAACUGAUUUUAUAAAAAGUAUUGACGUAAAUGUGACUUCAGUGAUACGUGCAACGCUUCUAGGAAUCCAACAAAUGCAAAAGGAUCUUGGAGGCAAAGGAGGUGCUAUAGUAAACAUAUCAUCUUUGGCUGGUCUCUAUGCUGCACCUCAACUACCAGUAUAUUCAGCCACGAAACAUGCUGUGGUUAGCUUCAGUCGUUCUUUUGCGCAACCAUAUCAUUAUAAAAGAACUGGAGUAAAAAUAUUAGUCAUGUGCCCUGAACUUCCUCAAAUUAUCGAUGUGAAAAAUUUAGAGAACAACAUUCCACAUGAUGAUGUAAUACAGAAGUAUUUUAGAAGAAUGCUCAGUGUCGCACAUGGAUUAGUUUAUGUGCUAAGAUGUGCCCAAAAUGGAAGUAUUUGGAUCAGUGAAGAUGGGAAACCUGUGUACGAGAUACAAUUAUUCGAUAGUUUACCGCAAAAGAAUGAUGAUUUCAUAUUGGAUGAAAAUGAAUCUAAAUUGCAGAUAAAUAUAACAGGUCGGAAAGCACGAGCUGCGUAUACGUCGACAGUUUAUCGCAAUUGCACGCCACGCGCGGAAAAGAACGAAAAUAAUAAAAGAAGACAAUCUUCCGCGUCUGAAAAAGCGAAAGAAAUAGAAGCAAUAUACGGUCUCGUUUCUGGUAAGAACGUGCUUAUAACUGGCGGAGCUGCGGGUUUAGGAAAUGCAUUUAUGAAUCAUUUUUUGAAACACGGUGCAAAUAAAAUAACUAUAUUAGAUAUUGAUAAGGAAAUCGGUAAACGAAUAGAACUAAGUGUAGAGAAAUCCUGCGGAGAAAAAAAAGUGCUCUUCAUUCAUGCUGAUGUUUCUAACCACGAACUUAUGAUUGCGGCUUUUGAGGAAGCUUUGAAUUUUAUGAAUGAUAUUGACAUUGUCAUAAAUAAUGCUGGUAUUUUGGACGAACGAAGAUGGGAAAAAGAAAUAGCAGUUAAUAUUGGAGGAAUGGUUCGUACUGCAUUAUUGGCUAUAAAAUAUUUAAGCAAAAACCAACUUGGACAUGGAGGAACUUUAGUGAACGUUAGUCAACAUAUAGAUAUUAAAAGCACUGCUCAACUUCCAGUUUACACGGCCACCAAACAUGCCAUGAUUGGACUCUCACAAUCUCUCGCGGAAUCUUACCAAAUUGAAAAGACUGGUAUUCGUGUGAUAACCUUAUGUCCUGGCUUGACAGAAACUGCGCUUACAGUGGAUAGUCCAAAUAAAUUACUUUCUCGUGUUAUGAAGGCAGACUUUGUAAAAACUCUCGAACAACUAUCAAUACAAACUCCAUAUGUGGUAGCUCAAGGUCUAAUGUCGAUCUUGAGAGUCGCAGAAUCUGGUAGUAUAUGGGUGAUUGAAAAUGGUCGAACUCCGUAUGAAGUUUAUGUACCAAAUCCACGUAGUUUGCGACGUACAUAUAAAAACAAUUUUACAGUGAUUGAAACCAAAGUAGGGACAAGAGAUGGUCCUAUAAGAGAAGUUUGCGAUAAUACACUGACAGGUCUGAUGAGCUGCGCUUGACAUAACGCUGGAACAUAAAUGGCCAUGAUGAUCUGCGUUCUCCAAGAAGUUCUGUUGAGAUCGCGAUGACUUCUUUUACUUCCUUUCGUUUGAAUAAUUCCCUAGUAUGAUAAAGCUUAGGAAUAACAAAUAGAAAGUUGAAGUGACGAAUGAUCAAAUCGAAUUUUCUUCGAUUACUUAAAAGUAAUUGAGGAAAAGAGGUUCAAGCUACUUGGUAUUUGUUAAUCAUUGAUAAUACAAUGUUAAGUAUUUAUACAGAUAAUGCACGCGUGUACACAUCAUGUUUUAUAUAUAAAUCAAUCACCAUCGUAUUUAAGAAAUUUCUUAAUUAAUUAAAUUGUUGAUGAUAAUAAUGAUAUGACUUGUUUCCUUAUA